AAGUAAAAGUACAGUUCCAUAUUCAUUCCUCGUUUCAAUACACAGCGAUAAUCGAUAGCAAAAGUACUCGUCAAGGAAGAAAACCAAAUCUACAGUCCAAGCCUGGAAUAACCUAACCCCCACUCGUCGCAUUCGAAAUGGACGACAUCUACCAGGGAGGAGCAUCGGCACCGGUGGGCUCGGCCCGUUUCCAAGGCGGGGCAUCAGCACCGGUUGGCUGGACGCGCUUCCAGGUGGGAGCGUCAGCUGGAAUCGGCCUCUCGACACGUUUCCAUGGAGGAGCGUCGGCUUCUAUAGGAUGGUCGGCACGUUUCCACGUGGGAGCAUCGGCCUGGAUAGGUGCUUCGACCCGCUUCCAGGGCGGAGCGUCGGCUUGGAUGGGAUGGUCGGCGCGCCUCCAUGUAGGCGCGUCGGCCUGAAUGGGAUGGUCGAUACGCUUCCAUGUAGGAGCGUCGGCCUGGAUAGGAUGAUCGGCACGCUUCCAUGUAGGAGCGUCAGCUUGGAUGGGAUGAUCAACGCGCUUCCAUGUAGGGGCAUCGGCUUGGAUGGGAUGUUCGCGUCAGCUUGGAUUGGGUGAUCAACGCGCUUCCAGGGAGGGGCGUCGGCUUGGAUAG